CCAUUACUUUCUCUCUCAACUCUGUAACGACGACUCCAACAAAAUCUCGCUUUGUACGUGUAGUGUAUAUAUAUAUAUACACGCACACUACCCACCCUUUCUCUUAAUCUGAAUCUGCAUUCUACGACUCUAUCUCUCUAAACGGACUCUUAUCUGAAAAGUGAAAAUCCCUCUCUUUCUCUCUCUAUCACUAUUUUACACGAACUCGAAAGCAAUACAUAGCGAUGGCGACAAACCCUAACCCGGAGCCUAGCGCCAAGCCUACGAUGUAUCUCCAGGACGCGGAGGAAGUGAAGAAGGUUUUCAACCGGUUCGAUGCGAACGGCGACGGGAAGAUCUCGGCGACGGAGUUCGCCGACGUGAUGAAGGCGCUCGGAUCGACCACGUCGACGGAGGAGGUGAGCCGCAUGAUGCACGAGAUCGACACGGACAAGGACGGCUUCAUCAAUUUGGAGGAGUUCGCCGGUUUCUGCAAGGGUGAAUCCGCCGCCGACGGCGGCGACGGUGAGCUCAGGGAGGCGUUCGAUCUGUACGACGCCGACAAGAACGGGCUGAUCUCCGCCUCGGAGCUGCACAUGGUGUUGAACCGGUUGGGCGAGAAGUGCACGGUCCAAGACUGCACAAAUAUGAUCAAGACGGUGGAUUCCGACGGCGACGGUAACGUCAACUUUGAUGAGUUCAAGAAGAUGAUGACCAACACCACCAAGAACGCUCCUACUCAGUAGUUGUGAAAAUGGUAGGUUGAUAUAUAUAUAUAUAUAUAUAUAUAACUCGCUUUUAAGGGCUAGAGUUUCAAUGGUGGUCUAAAUCUAAUUUAGAAUCAACUGGAUGGAUGAUUAAUCAAAGUGUAUAUUAGUUGGUUUGAGCUUUGCUAUAUUUUCAAUUUUACAAUUGCAAGUAA